CAUAGCUCUAGGUAAGUCAUAAAUGGCAAAAAAAGGCAAAGGGAAAAAGGGCAAAAAAGGAGGAAAGAAAGGUAAAAAGAAAGAAAGCUUGUCAAAUCUUGACAAACAGAAAUUUCUGCUGGAGAUUAACAGUCUCGAAAAUAAGAUUGAAUGGCGAAGACAACUAUGCGAAAUAAUUGAAGAAGGUAUAGAAGAAUGCAAAGAAGUAUAUGAAACAGAGCUGCAAGAUAAAAAUGAAGCUGUUCAGCUUCUAGAAGAAGCUAUUGAAGAGCAAACUUCAGUUUUCAAGAAACUGAAGCGGGCCAUUCCACAAGUAGAAUCUGCCAAGAUUCAAACUCAGGAUGCACUCUCAAGGGAACUAGCUUUAAGUUUCAUAAAAGAGAAUGAAGAAAAAUCAACCUAUGAUGCUCAGUUAGAAAUAUACCGUAGAAAACACAGAGUUCUAAAGAAUUACAAUGCAGAAGAAACUGAGGAAAGAAUAGAAAUGGCAGAAAGAAAAUUUCAUUCCGUUCAGCAGGAAGAAACUUAUUCGAACGUACUUAAAAACGCCCAAGAGACUGAAAAAAACCUUCUUAGAGAAUUUAUGCAAGAGAGCCUAGAAGAAACGGCUAAUAUUUUUCAAAUGGAGUUGAAGGGUAGAAUAGAUGAAAGUUUUGAAAGAAUAGUGGAGGAAAGGAGAUGGUGGAAUGACAAAGUGAACAGCUUCAGUGUCAUGGCUCAUCACUUGAAUGAAGCUAAUAGGAAAUUGCAAGAACAAUUAAAACUGGAACGGAAAAAGCUAUCAUCCCGAAGAGCCGCCUCUUUACAAGUAACAGUUCGGUUGCAACAACAAAAGGCAUUGAUUUCAGCUUUCGAGAAGAAACUCGAAAAGCAGCGCGAGCAGAAGAAAAUUAAUUUGCAAACGAAAAGAGAAACGGAAGACCUUGGAAAAAUUUUGGACCAGACGAUAGAGAACUUAAAAGCGGAGAAAGAAAAACUGAAAAAUCUUGAGACGCUUCUGGAGAAUAAUGAGAUGGAGAUAAAGGGCUUAGAACAACAACUGACUGACGAAAAUCAGUUCGGUCACUAUUUGACUGAGGUAACACAGGCAGCCCACUCAGUUAUUUUAGACGAAGUGAGACAUCCCUUAAUCAUAACUUACGACGGACCACCAGAGAAAAAGAACGCACUACUGGAAUUACAGAAACUGUUCUGCGAAGCUAUGCAACGUAUAUAUGAGAACAGAACUUCGAAGGCUAUAUAUAAUGUAGAGGGUGUUCAAUCUCUUAUUAGCAAGAAAUGAUUUUAUUGUGGAGAUAAAUAACUAAAAUAAUCUAAGUAGUCUGUAUAUCUUAAAAAAAAUUAAAAGGCAUCAAACUUGAUUUUAGACAUCAACAAAUAAAAUUAGAUGAUAUUCUGUUUAAAGCACAUUGAUCAACAUUCUAUAGCGAAUAGUGGUUUAUUGCGUAUUGCUUUGAUUGCAUUAGUUCUAAGUCAUGAAUAUUUGUUAUUAAUGAUCUGCAAAACUUAAUAUAUAAUCAAUAAUAGCAUUUUACAAAAAUUAACGGUUAGAUAUUCUAGGCAUAGAAGUAGCAAUGAGUUAGUCUGUGGGCUUUUCAAAGAUAAGUAAAGUUAAUUAAUUGUAUUCACUGCCUGAAUACCUGUGUUUUUGUUAGCAGUAAGUUUUGAAAUCUCUGUAGUUGAGAAUUUCAUAGCGUUUAUUAUAAUUGGUCUGCUUGAUGGCUUUUGCAAACUGAAUUAGUCAGUCCCUUUAAUUAUUCUACAAAUCCUCUAAUUCGUUAUGAUUAAAAACAGUAGCACUGGAAUAUGCAGAAUCGUAAGUGAGCUUGCUAAAAUCGAGCGGCUUUAGUGACAGAUACAUUACAGGUCGUUGAGAUCUUUUGACACCUGUAAUAGACAUAUGUGUGACGCCUGUAAUAGAGAUGAAGCUAAAAUGAAACUGUUCCAAGUAGCACGGCAACGUCGUAACGACGUUGCAAACUGGUCGCGAGUCAUAUUGCAAAAACUUUGUAAUAUGUCGUCUAUAAGACGCCCCAGAUUGUCCUCGAAACUCCACUGUUUUGCAACCGUUGCAGAUGAGGUUUUUUGUCGCAUAGAC